AGAGUUAAUUCUGAUAAAAGCACAUACGAAGAAGCUGUAUCAGCGACUGAGCUGCGAACAUAACUUUUAGCGUUGAGAAGUGCACAUUCAAAUUAUAUGCCCUUUUCCGGCCUUCACUUCUCAAAAACAUGAACGACGACGACAGUCUCCACCACGAUCUGGAUCCACAAAGUGACCACAGCUCCGAUUACCUCCCUCACCCCCACCCCCACCAUUCGUCCCAUCCUAUCCAACCCCAACAAUCCCACCCUCAGCCCCAGCCCCAGCCCCGCCGUCCCCGUGGCUUCGCCGCCACUGCGGCUGGCUCAGCGGGUCCCACCAGUCCCUCCUCCACCCCCACCACUAACAAGGGCAAGAGGGAGAGGGAGAAGGAGAAGGAGCGCACCAAGCUUCGAGAACGCCUCCGUCGAUCCAUCACUAGCCGGAUGCUCGCCGGCCUCCGCCAGUACGGUAACUUUCCGCUGCCUGCGCGUGCGGACAUGAACGAUGUGCUCGCAGCCCUCGCACGUGAGGCUGGCUGGGUCGUCGAGCCCGAUGGCACCACUUACCGCCACGCUCCUCCUCCCUCCCAAAUGGCAGCGGCGUACCAGAGCCCCAUGGGGAUGAGGUCGGUGGAGAGCCCAGUUUCAUCAGGAGUAAAAGCAACGAACCCAUCAUCAAUGGCGAGAAUUGAUGAGAGCUUGUCACCGGCAUCCCUUGAUUCUGUAGUAAUUGCAGAGAGAGACACCACAGCCACAGCCACGGCCACGGUCACUGCCGCCACCAACAAAUCCGUUGAAUGCUUGGAAAUGGAGGCUGGUGAUCAGCUCAUGCAUCACCUUUCCAAUUCCAUCAGUUCCGGGGACCAUGGCAUUCCCACCACUGCCUUGGCUUAUGUUCCUCUCUAUGCUGCCCUUGCCACUGGGUUCAUCAACAGUUACUGUCAGUUGGUUGAUCCUGAAGGAUUGAGACAGGAGCUAGCUCAUGUGCAAUCUCUGAAUAUAGAUGGCGUUGUUGUGGAUUGUUGGUGGGGGAUUGUCGAAGGCUGGAGCCCCCAGAAAUAUGUCUGGUCUGGUUACAGAGCUCUUUUUAACAUUGUCCGGGAGUUCAAGCUCAAAUUGCAGGUUGUAAUGGCAUUUCAUGAGUAUGGAAGAAGUGACUCUGGUGACGCCCUCAUCCCUCUUCCACAAUGGAUCUUAGAAAUUGGUAAGAAAAACCCAGACAUAUUCUUUACAGAUCGAGAAGGAAGGAGGAACACUGAAUGUCUAUCUCUGGGGAUUGAUAAAGAAAGAGUUCUACAAGGAAGAACUGGUGUCGAGGUCUAUUUUGAUUUUAUGAGAAGUUUUCGUACUGAGUUUGACGACUUGUUUGCUGAGGGUCUCAUUUCUGCUGUGGAAAUUGGACUUGGAGCAUCUGGGGAGCUCAAGUAUCCUUCCUUUUCAGAAAGGAUGGGGUGGAGGUAUCCUGGUAUCGGUGAGUUUCAGUGUUAUGAUAAAUAUUUACAAGAGAGUCUGCAGAGAGCUGCUAAAUUGCGUGGGCACUCAUUCUGGGCCAGGGGACCUGAGAAUGCUGGGGAAUACAAUUCUCGGCCACAUGAAACUGGCUUUUUCUGUGAACGUGGUGAUUAUGAUAGUUAUUAUGGACGCUUUUUCCUUCAUUGGUAUGCACAGUCAUUAAUUGAUCACGCGGAUAGUGUACUGUCUCUUGCAAGCCUUGCCUUUGAUGAAACCAAAUUAAUUGUCAAGGUUCCUUCAGUUUUUUGGUGGUAUAAGACUACUAGCCAUGCAGCGGAGCUAACUUCUGGGUACUAUAACCCAACAAACCAGGAUGGGUACUCUCCCGUUCUUGAAGUUCUGAAGAAACAUUUAGCGACGGUGAAGUUUGUUUGCUCAGGUCCGCAUAUUUCUAUUCAGGAUAAUGAAGCACUGGCUGAUCCGGAAGGUUUGAGUUGGCAGGUUUUAAAUUUAGCCUGGGAUCGAGGAUUGACUGUAGCUGGGGAAAAUGCACUUUCAUGUUAUGAUAGAGAAGGGUGCAUGAGAAUAGUUGAGAUGGUGAAGCCAAGAAAUGAUCCUGAUCACCACCACUUUUCAUUUUUCGUAUACCAGCAGCCAUCUCCUCUAGUUCAAGGCACAAUUUGCUUUCCUGAGUUGGAUUUUUUCAUUAAGUGCAUGCAUGGUGAGAGAGCUGAAGAUCUAGUAUCGUGUUAAAGGGUAGAAUUCAGUAUUCCAUGGGCGGAUUGUUAGAACACCUGGAUGGACUUCUCAACUGCUGAUGGCUCAUAUCUUCCAAGGUGAAAUGAAAUAGUGAACAUGAUGGUUUCGGGGGUAAAAGCACCAGCAGAGGGUUCAAGAGUCUCAUAAAUAUGUCCUUAGGUUUGAUAUAAUUGUGGACCGGACCAAAGAAAGAUGUAACAACAUAAACUUCAUUGUGUGGUGUCGUCCAACUCGUGUGUCGAAUGAUGCCGGUGCAGUUUCAGAUUAGAAAAUGAAAAGGGUAGUUGGUAUAUAGUUCAAAGUCAGAUGUAAUGAAUGAUAUGUUUGUAAUUCCUUUCGCUGCAUAUUAGUAUGAAAAGAAAGAUCGGCGGCGAUGCGUUUACUCCAAAUUAAUGGAAUGGAAUUGUCUUUUGAA